CAUAUCUUUCUUAAAAUCUAAGUUGUAGUUUUCAGUUAAAAAUCACCUAGGGCCUAUCCAUAGUUCAAGUUUCUCUCUCGGUUUUACAGCCUGCAGCUUAUCAAGCAUUGAUGUGCAGCAUUGAGAAACACUAAGAAUCCAGUUUCUUUACACAAGCCCAUUCAUCAUGGAUGACAAGAAGACAGGAGAGGACCAAACGUCCUCAGGAACUCUGCAUGCGAUGAACACCAUUGUAAAAAAUGACCUAGAAAAUAUCAGUGUCAAGAAUUCUGAGGAUCCUGCUCUGAAGAAAAAAGAUUCUUCCUCCAAGGAGAUGGACACCCAACUUGGCAUUCUUCAGUUUCAGAACAAAUUCUAUGAAUGUAUCGAGGAACUGAAAAUACGCAGGGUUACUGAUGCAGAGAAUGAGGACAAGAUCAACCAGCUGGUCUCCACCCAGCAUGACCACCAGAGAGACAUUAAAGAAGAAAUUUCCAAGAACACUUCUUUAUCUGAGAAGCAUUCCCAGGAGCUGAGUGAGCUGAAGCGACAACAUGAGGAGAAAAUCCACCAGCUUCAGGCAGAAAAGACUAAGCUUGCAUUGGCUGCAGACACUUGGGAGAAGGAGAUGAAAGAAGUCAAGGAUGACAUCAGAUCUCUUCAGCUCACCAAGUACUCUCUGGAGAAGACAAUCAAGGACCAAGACCAGCGGCUGCAGAUGCAGGGUUCUGCUCGCUCCUCCCACCUGUCUAAGAUGACCGAGUUGGAAGCACUGGGUCAAGAUGUUAGCAAACAGUGUAGUGUGGUAGCAGAGCAGCUCAAAAGGCUUGAGGUUAAUGUUAAAGAGGCUCAGAAGCUGCACGGUAAACUCGCUUUCAUGGACCAGCACCAGACCUGCACCAGCGAUUCCCUAAAGGCAGACCUGCAGAGGAAGAUGGAGGAGAUUGUCUGCCUGAAAGCUCAACUUGAUGAAAAACCAACCCAGGAAGUGAACGAAUAUAAGUCAGUGCAGAGCAAACACAAGCAGACAGAGAAACUUCUAAAACAGAAAGAACACACUUGUAAACAACUGUCAGAACAUCUUGAGGAGGCAAGAUCAGCAAACCAGAACUUGCUGGAGUCUUUGGCAAGGUCCCAGCAGCUUUCCCAGAGACACCUAGCCUCAAGUAACCAAAAUGCGGAUCGUGCCUCUUCCUUGGCCAUGGAUGUCAAGAAGCUUGAAAGUGAGCUUUGUCAACUCAAGGAUGACCUGUGUACAAAGGAAAGAGAGAUACAAACAGAGCAUCUGAGAAAUGAGGACUUGACCACCAAGCUUCAAAUUCAGGAGGAAUCAUUGAGAAUGCAAUUAUCAAGUCAACUACAGGAGAACAAGUCACUUCUGGAAGCUCAGGAAACUCUUGAAGGGCUGAACAUAAGCUGGUCAAAAAAAAAUAGUGAAAUGGGUGAAAUCAUCAGAGAACUCAAGGAGAAGAUAAGCAAAUUUGAAAUAAAAGAAGAAACUAAGGAGACCAAAAGCACAAAUACUGACCCUAAGCUGUGGCAAGAAAAGAAAACUGCUGAACAAAAAUCAACUCCAGAGGAACCUGACAAAGCAGAUAAUGAAACAGUAGCAACACAAGAGUUGAAAGACGACGAUACAGCUGAUAACGGGGAUCUGCCGAAAAAGGCCGAUAAUGAGGUCAGCAAGACACCUGAGGACACAAGCUGUGAUCAAGUCAAUAUGCAAAUUGAAACAUCCACAACAGAGCGGGUUCCAUCCUCUGCACAGUGUGAGCAACUGGAAUUAACUAUUUCCAUCAAGGAUGAUGCACCAAGCCCCAGUCAAUCAGAAGGCAAACAAUCAAUUAUUGGGGAAGUUCUACUGAUACACGACAAUCCAGACACUCAUAUGGAAGCAGCAGAGAUCUCACCUUCAGAUGCUAAGUUAACCACAGGCAUUGGUUCAGAACCAAAACUUGAAUUAAAUGCAGGGAGAGUGAUAGAAGUUGCUGCUAAACAAGAAAGUCACAAUGAAACAGAAACGAGUAUGCAGAAUCCUGAAAUGCCUUGUGGCAAUUCCAACAAAAAGGAACUUCAGCUUUCGGACAACACCGUAAUAGCUGCACUUGAGGCCAACACGAGUGUAGCAAGUCAAGAGAUAAUCACGAACACAGGUGUUUCACAAGAGGGAGUUUCUCAAGUUUGCCCACAUGAGGCUAACAAGACCGAAAUACGCACUGAUGAAGCUUUAAAGGCGGUCAACAUAGUAGAUUCGACCAAAAUGCCAACUAAUCUACCAGACUUAGAAGUUAAUCAAGUAGUGCUUCCGAAAGCAUCAACGCAGAAAUUAUCGCCAGAAGACAACAGUCACCAAGGUGGGCUGGACGAUUCAUCAAAUGUCCUACAUAAUCAACCUAAAGAGAAGGACAUUACCCAACAAGGUUUGGAUGAGAAAAUCCUCACAAAAUCAGAAGAUGCUAAUGAGAUUAUGCAGCAGACAGAAGACCAGCCUUUGCAGCAAACAAGCAUCAAACGCAGGCAAGUCUCUCAAGACGUGACUCGCAGGCAACCUGUCACAAACCUUGGUAGAGUUAAUAUCACAAAUCCUCUUUCAUCUAAACGUACUUCGAUCUUUGACCAAGCAUCUAAGAUUCAGUCUCCUCCAACAAGUUAUUUGAAUGAAGCUUCGAGAUUUGGGACAAGGUCGUCCUAUGUCCUCCCUGGUUUCCCUCUGCUUGCUGCCCAGCCACGAUAUGGAGUCACUCCCCAAACCAAGCUACCAUCCAACAUGCCUCCCAGAAACACCUUUCCUAGAAAGACAGAAAAUAUCCCAGAAUCUACUGACAUUAGUAUGAACGAAAUUCCACUUCCAGCAAAAUACCAGGAUCGCAGCAAUCCGUCUGGCAAGUGUUCGUCAACGAAAGAGACAGAAGGCAGUCAGGAGUGGCCAAAUUUUGCUGAGGAGUUCGAGUCAGCAUCAGGACCCAGCUCUGCUCCGUUGAAUAUCGACUACUCAGCAUUACUUCGAGUGAAAUCGACUCCCAAAAGGACUUCAACUCCUGCCGAAGUGUUUCCGUCAGUUGGAUCGAAAAGACCCUCGUCCUCCCGUGACGACGACAAUGACGAUAAGCCGUUGCUCUUCUCAGACGACGAUGACCAGACGGAUAUCAAGACGGAGGUUGCCAGUCAGAUUUACCGGAUACAGAGCUUCCUGAGGAGUGAUCGUCUGAAGCGACCCAGGAGGAGUGCAAGUAACAAGGGACAGGUUAUCUAAGGUCUGUGCGAGACAUUCCAUUUCAUGAUUUCUAUGUUUUGAGUCAGAUUUCUGAGAAGGUAAACGCAGUUUAUCGAUUUUUACCUGUGCUUUCAUCCAUUUUCGCAGGUUGACAUGCAUGAUGACUUGAAAUGCUCUCCGGAGAUUAUACACAGAUAUUGUUUUCGUCGGAAGGGUUUAGUUCGACCCGCGAGGAUCUAGGAAAUAGUAAAAAAAAAAAAAAAAUGGAAAUGUACCAUAAUUGAAAAAAAAAUGAAAACAUGUAGCAGAUGUAAGAUGAAAACUGUUCUGAAAAGUUUAUGAAUCGUUAUUGCAUGUAGGCCUAAGCAUUAAUAUGGUUUUGUGUACUUGAUAUUAUCCCUUUAAUAUUACCACUGCUGUACCUGACUAAUGCCCACCGGAACUCAGCAGGCCGACAUUACUUCAUGCCUACUUUCUCAUUCCAAGGAAUGGGCACGCACGUUUGAAUGUUUAUACCUGAUCGUAAUUCGUUCCUUUUUUAUGAGGACAAGUUAUUGACACAAAGCUUGGGGCCCAUUCCGAAUGUGUUUACGUCAGUCUUGACUUUUUAAAGCUACUUUGAAAUACUGCUACCAAACAUAAUUGCCCUUCGGCGUGUUACUCUCCGCGCUAAAGAUAUUUAAUUGGUGAGUUUGGAAUUUAUCCGAGAAAUGUAAAUAAACAUUCUCAAGAGUGUUGGAAGGCGGCUUCCAUGUUGCCUUUCAAGUGUUCAAA